AUGCCAGCCACUCGGGGGGCCACCUUGUCGAAGGAUGACGUGGCGGAGGUGCUGUCCCGUGUGCCUGCUGCCCAGUUCGUAGACGGCAAGUUCGUCUUGUACGACAAGCUCACGUUCGGGCGAAGCCCGAACUGGGCCGCGGCCAAGCCCUUGGCCAAGGCCGUCUCGCGCAUGCUGCAGCGCACAGGCGGCGUGCAGGCACUCCAGGUGCCCUUCACGGCGGGCGCGGAGGCGUACUUCGAGCAGCACGGGAUGCAAGUGAAGAAGAACGAGGCGGAGGCUUGCGCAUUCCGCUUGCGCGCGUUGGUGUCCCAGCUGGCCUCACAGAAGGCUAAGGGGCGCGGAAUCCCAGCCGCGUUCGUGGAGAGCUUCAGCGUCGCCAUGGAUUUGAUCGUGGUCACGCCAACGUCCCCGAGGCCAGCGACGGCGACACGCGCGCCAGGGCAAAGCACAGUCAGCGUCAGCAGCAGUGACGAUGAGGGGAUCGCCGACAGUUGGGAUCGCUCGGAGCUCUUUACGAGCACCGACGCUGACUUGGUCGCACUUCUCCAACCACAGGUCCAGGUGAACAAUCCGGCCGACGCGGAUGCCGACGCCAAGAAGCUCGACGCGGAGGCCGACACCGACACCAAGGAGCCCGACACCAAGGACGUCGGCACGCAGGAGGCCGACACCAAGGAGGCCAACACCAAGGAGCUGGUGCCAGCCGCGUCGCCUUUGGCGAACACGGGCGUGAAGCAGCUCUUGGAGAAGUCCCUCACGCCGCCAGGCUCUGAGGAUUGGAAAGAGUUGCAGAAAAGAAAGAAGGAGGAGGCGGUUGAGAAGGCGAAGGCGGGUAAGGAGCCGAGGGUUGCUAAGAGGAGACCAGCGGCUGCGAAGAAGCGUCCAUCGGCCGCACCUCCUGAGCACGGGCCUGUGGAAGCAGCAACGCAGGGCACCGAGGCAAUCGGCGACGUCGCGCCCGUCGACGCAGCAGCCCAGGAGCAGAAGUCCGACGGCGCAGCAGCCCCUGCGACACGGCCUGACCCUGCGAACAUCUCGGACGAUGAGUGGCGCAAGUUCCUCAACCGCGAGCACAGCAGGGUCUACGGCAAACAGAUCACCCAGAUGAAGAAAACAGGCGUGUCGCCGCAGAAGGUCAGGGAGGCAGCGCAGGCGGCAGCGACUGCGUGGACGGACGAGCUCCGCAACAAGUACCGUCGGUGGGACGACCUCCGCGCAGACAAGGUGGCCAACGAGUGCAAGAACAUGAUGUUUCUCCUCGGGGCGUGGGCGUCGGGUGGCCAGCUGGACACCAAGUAUACAAGGUCCGUGGCUGAGGAAAUGGAUGCGCUGUCGAACGCCAUUACCAUCGCCUACAGCACCUUCGAGUCGGUAUUCCCUGGAGGCCCACCUCCCGAGAGUGCGUUCGACCUCGAUGCGUUCGUCGGCAACGCGCUGGACCCUUUGGUGGUACGUUUCCUGGAAGUCAAGGAGGUUGUCCAGAACUUGAUGCAGCCUGUCGAGGCCAAGAAGUUGCGCCGCACUGCGUCGGACCCCGCGGACACCUACGACAGGGCGCUCGAGCAGGUCGUGCAGAUCGAGGACUCGGUCGAGUGA